AUGUGGGUGGAAUUUUUAAAAGAAACCGUGCGUGAUAAAGUUGAGUACAUAGCAGCAAAAGGAAACCACGAUGCAGACGGGUGGGACGGCGUGAGGUACCUUUGGAGCGGAAGCGAAGGGUACCAAAAGCUCCUCGAGGACUACGGCGUGCCGAGAGGCGCAAAGUGUAAAGGCCAAUACGGAGUGGACAUGAGUUGCGAAUACAAGGGAAUUUUGUUCGUUCUUUCUUCGGUUGGCGUGGAAAGAGCCGGGGAAAGUAACCAAAUCAACCAAGAUCAUUAUUGGCACUUGGAAAACAGCUUGAAAAAUUCCAACGCUCGAUGGAAGAUUUGCGUGUGGCACAUGACGAUGGAGAAGAUGCAGGUGUCAUAUAAAGGCGACUCGACGGGAUGGGGCGCUUACGAAAUUUGCAGAAAAUACGGCGCGUUCAUCGUCGGUGGUCACGCGCACGUGUAUUCGAGAACGCGCGAAAUGUCCAGGUUCGGAACGAAAAAUUACGGGUUCACUCGCGAAGAUUUGAAGUGGUGGGAUGCUCCGGACGACGACAGAAUUUAUCUCUCGAGCGGCGAAAACGGGACCACGGGCGUCGCCAUCGUCGGCAUCGGCGGGUAUAAAAACGAAGCGUGUUUAAAUGGUGGCAACUUUUGGAGCAAAAUAUAUUCUACUAGGUGCGACGACUGUUCUCAAUGCGUAACCGCUCGUUCGGCGAACAAGUUCGGCACGCUCAUUUGCGAUUUCCCUGAGUUUGGUCCAAACGCUCGAGCGACGUGCUGGUUGGCGACGACGCCUCGUCAAGGCGCUUCGGACGCCGAAUUCCAAGCCGCUGUUCGCAACCGAAAUCCAGUCGAUAAGUUUACCUUAAUUGCCGGUAAACGCCCGAAAGAUAAAGGUGUCUCCUCCAGCGCCGCCCCGGACGAGAGCGACACGAGUCGUCCAUUUCUGAACCGCAACUUAUUGCGCGUCAUGAUGGACUGUUUCGACAUCGAGCCGCGCGACCAAUACAACUGCAUCGACCGCGCCAACUGGAACCAAUGCAACGACGCAUGGAUCGUCAGUGGUAAUUACUGCGCCAAAAGCUGUAAACGAUGCGGCCCGGAAAGCGUGGAACAACCCGCCCCUCGCAAAUCGCGCGAAGAAGAACUCGCUUUAGACCAGGCGUUUUCUCAAUUCGACGCUAACCGAGACGGUUUCAUCGAUUUUGACGAGUGGGAAACGCUGUAUUACUUUACGCGACCGGGCGCAAAAGACGACGAAAUCGAAAGAGUCGAACGCGUCGAAGCGCAAUUCGUCAGAGCUGACUCCAACGGAGACGGUAAAGUUUCUCGAGGACGGUUUGCCGUCUUGUUAGAUGGACAAGAACAAAAGCAAAAGUAG